AUGAAAUCCCUCGAAUCCUUCUUCGGCAUCGGCAACAACACUUCCGCUCGUCUCCUGGCCCGCUUCAACAUCCACCCAACUUGCCGCGUCGGUGACCUGGCCAACAAGCAGGUCCUCGACUUAACCGCCGUGUUAUCGGAUAUGAAGAUCGAAAACGAUCUGCGUCGCGAGGUCCUGAAUGAUAUCAAGCGCUUAAAGGAGACGGGUACCUACCGUGGUCGUCGUCAUGCCUUGGGUUUACCCGUGCGAGGACAACGAACGCGCACCCAGGUAGGUUUACUUACCUUCAUUGCUUUGCGUUAG